CUGGCUAGGCCCCAGCCCUGAGCGCCCUCCUGAUCCAGCCGGCGGCGCCCCAAUCCUGGCCCGGUGGGCGCCCCGCACCCUGUUCUCCUGCCUCGAGAAUCGACUCCGCUUGUUCCCCCCACCCCCCGUGCCUGCCGGGGCAGCAUCUCCCGCACACGACCCGAGAAUCCCGCACUGAGCUGGCCGGGGACCCUAGACAGGGCCCUAGAGGAGACAGGGCCCCCUGCGUCCUGGCCGGCCGCCCACAGCCCCGCGAGCACCCGGACAUGGAAGAGUUCCGGCGCGCCUACAGCCGUCUGUGUCAGGAGCGCGGCGCCGAGCCCCAGGAGGCCGUGCUGCGGCAGCUGCAGGAGCCCCGGAGGGGCCGGCUGGACCUGGCCACGCAGAGCUUGACGGCCGACACCUGCGGGGCCCUAGGCUGGCUACUGCAGAGCCAGACGCUGUUCACCGAGCUGGUGCUGAGCGACUGCAUGCUGAGCGAGGAAGGGGCCAGGCUGCUUCUCCAGGGGCUCUGCUCCAAUACCGUUGUGCGGCUCCUGGACCUAAAGGGCAAUAACCUCUGUGGCACGGGGGCUGAGGUGCUGGGGAAGCUCCUGCGACAGAACAAGUCCAUUCAGAGCCUUACCCUGGAGUGGAACAACCUGGGCUCAUGGGAGGAGGCCUUCGCCACCUUCUGCACGGGCCUGGGGGCCAACACCACCCUGCGGCAGCUGGACCUCCGCAACAACCAGGUCAACCACAAGGGGGCCGAAGAGCUGGCCCUGGCCCUGAAGAGAAACUCCAGCCUCCAGCAGCUGGACCUGCGCUGGAACAACAUGGGCCUCCUGGGGGGCCGGGCCCUGGUGAACUGUUUCCCCAGCAACAGAACCCUGUGGAGGCUGCAGCUGGCUGGGAACAACAUCCCUGGUGACGUUCUCAGAGCCGUGGAGCAGGCCGUGGAUCACAACCAGGACCGGCAGGCGGCGUUCCAGGAGAGCCAAGCCCGCACCCACGUUCUCAGCAAGGAGGUGCGCAGCCUGCGGGAGGAGAAGUCCAAGCAGUUUGUGGGCCUGAUGGAGACCAUUGACAAGCAACGAGAAGAGAUAGCCCGGAGCAACAGGACGUCAGCUGCCCGCAUGGGCCAGCUGCAGGAUGCCCUGAACGAGAGGCACUCCAUCAUCAACGCUCUCAAGGCCAAGCUACAGAUGACGGAGGCCGCCCUGGCGCUGUCAGAGCAGAAGGUGCAGGAGCUGGGGGAGCUGCUGGCCGCUGCAGAGCAGAAGCAGUGCCAGGAGCGGAGGCUGGAGCAGCAGGAAGCCGCGGAGCGCGAGUCCAAGCUCCUCAGGGACGUGUCUGCUGCCAAGGAGAAGAACCUGCAGCUGGGCAACCAGGUGGAUGAGCUGGAGCGGAAGGUGAAGUCCCUGCAGGAGCAGCUGUUCCUGGCCAGGCAGGAGCUGACCACCACGGUGGCUGAGCUGAAACUGCGGGCUGUCCAGGCUGAAGAGCGCCUGGACUCGGAGAAGAGGAGAUUCAAGCAGAGCCUGGAGACCUCAGAGCAGCUGCGUGUCAGAGAGGUGGAGCACAUGGCCCGCCAUGUGGAGGAAAGCGAGCGGGCCCUGCAGGAGCGGGUGCAGAGGCUGGAGGCCACGAGGCUGACCCUGGAGGAGGAGCUGAGCCACGUGAAGGCAGCCGCACUCAUCGAUCGAGGUCAGGCGGAGGAGGAGCUCAUCAAGGCCAAGAGCCAGGUCCGCCUGGAGGAGCAACAGCGCCUGGCCCACCUGGAGGAGAAGCUCCGGCUGCUGGCACAGGCGCGGGAUGAGGCCCAGAAUGCCUGCCUGCAGCGGAAGCAGGUAGUGACUGAGGCCCAGGCGAGGGCCAGCCAGCUCAGCCUGCAGGUGGACGGCCUGCGGCGGCGUCUGGAGGAGCUGCAGCAGGAGCUGAGCGACAAGGAGCAGGAGAAGGUGGCCGAGGUGAACCGGGUGCGGGUGGAGCUACAGGAGCAGAUUGGGCGCCUGCAGGCCGAGCUGACGACCCAGGAGGGGCUGAGGGAGAAGGUGGCCGCCCUGGAGCGCCAGCUGAAAGUGAUCUCAAGUGACCACCGGGAGGCGCUGCUGGACAGAGAGAGCGAGAAUGCCUCCCUGCGGGAGAGGCUGCGGCUCAAGGAGGUGGAGAUCGCGCGGAUCUGCGACGAGGAGGCCCAGAGAGCUAGCUUCCUGCAGAACGCCGUCCUGGCUUACGUGCAGGGGGCGCCCGUGAGGGCCCUGAGCCCCCACAAGUGAGGGAGGCCGGGCGGCCCGGGGCGGGGGCCGGAGCGCAGUGUCUGGAGGUGAUGGUGUAGAGAGGAGACUGCGCCCCUUCCCUGGCCGUAGACGGCGUGUGCCGCCGUGCAGACAGACAGAUCGACAGCUGAGUCCUGAAGUAAUCGGUGGGGCCUCCUCGCAUCUGCCCAGAUGGAGCUGCGGAACCAAUGCAGCCUGCCACCAGGGUGUCCGCCCUGGGACUGGGUGAUCAGAGCUCUGAGUCCAGAGGGGCCCCUUCUUCACCUCGUCCCCCCUCCUACAGUGAUGUGCCUUUCGAGGGCGGCUGGUGGAGGGACAGGGCCUGAGCCGGCUCCCCACCCGUCCGAGGUCCCUCUUUGUAAUCAUUUUUACAACGGAGCCAAGGCCGCUGUAGGCCCAGCUGUCUGCAGUGCGGACUUGUGACCGUGGUUUGGAAUACAGGACUUUUGUACUUUGUCAUA